AUGUCAGUUAACAAAUUGAAAACUGGUAUAGUCUCAUUCGGGACAUCUAUAGUGGAUCAUAGUACAAAUUUGAAGGAUACUUUGACAUUCCAACAUAAGGAUUAUGACGUGGAUGACGAUUUAAUCAAACAUUAUAAAUAUGAUAUUGAAAAGGCUAUUGGAGGACUUAAAUAUAUUGAUCAUCAAACUAGUCGUCAAUUCAAAACUCAUUAUUCCAGGUUGUUCAAGUUGAAUAUAGCCAUUGUUCAUCGGUUUAUUUCAUUAAUCGGUAAGGAUUCAUUACAUUUUAAAGGUAUUGAAGAUUAUUAUAAUGACUUUGAUAAGUUCCAAGCAACUCAAGUAAUACCUAUGGUUCAUCCUAAAGAAAAGGAUAUUGUUAUAGAAAGUGUUAAUCAUGAAUUAUUUAACUAUUUAUCAACCAUUGAACGACUUAAAUGGAAAGUAUCAAGAUCAUGGGAAUUACAUACAGAAUCGAUUCAUUUAAGAGUUAGUGAAAUGAAUGGGUACUUAACUGAGACUUUGAAACUUAUUAGAAAAAGAAAUAAGAAACAACGUGCAUAUCAUGAAACUGAUAAGAAAAUCAAUAAAUUAUCCAAAAAGAAUACUCCUUUAGACGAUAAAGAAACUGAAAAGUUAAAGAAGUAUGAAAAAGAUAUAAAGGAUUUAAAUGCAGAGUACAACAAGUUGAAUGAGAAAUUGAAAUCAAUCUUGCCUCAUGUUAUAUCCUUUUUAGAUGAAUUCAUUGAAACUAUCACUCAGAUUAUCUUACAUCAACAAAUUACUACUUAUGAAGAGAUAAAAAAUUCCAUCAAAUAUUUUGCUAUGUUCCAUGGUUAUUUAUCAUCUGAAGCAGGAGAAGGUGAAGAAGAUCAUAUUCAAAGUUUUGAAACUAUAGAGGAUGAAUGGGAAAAAGCUAUCACUCCAACUAGACUUCAAAUUGAAUCUUUCAUCACGGUUAUAUUCGAAAAGAAACCAGAAUUAUUAGAUACUGAAAUUGAAGAUAAAGAUAAAACUACAAUGUCAAAUAAAAUAUGGAAUAAAAUGUCAAAAACAGUGACUGAAAGAAAACAUGAACAUAAACUGAAAGAUCAUGUCAAUGGUACUUUUAAUGACACUCUUGAAGCUGAUCCUUUAACUUCUUAUAUCAAAUUUGAAGAUUCAAAUAUGUAUAGAUCAGAAACUUAUUUCCCAUCAAAAUUGGUGUCAUCUGUAGAUGUUAAAGUUCCUAAACCAAUAGUUAAUCCUAAUUUACCUCCUUUACCACCAAGAAGUAAUACAGCUGAAACUUUAAAGAUCCUUCCUCCUACUCCAAUCUUACACCAAUCUAUUAAACCAUCUGCCCCAGUUCCUCCACCAUAUACCCCUGUGAGUUAUAAUAACUCUUAUUCCGAAGAAUCAAUCGAUGAUGAUGAAGGUGAUGCUGAUGAUAUGUCUUCUAUAAAAUCAGAUAUUUCAGUAGAGUCUGUUUCUAGUGAUUUCAUAUUACAUAAUCUGGCUCCUGAUUUAGUUAAUAAGAAUUUACGUAAGGCUUAUAAUUCAUCAAAGAAUGAUAUCAAGUUUGCUCCCAUCACCAGUUCACUCAAGAAUGAUUUCAUUAAUAAUUCAACUUCUGCCAUCAAUUCAGUCGUGUUUAAUAAAACAUCAUCUGUCAGUUAUAAAUUAUUACAAAUUAAUGAAUUCUUUACAAAGCUCACUAAUACACCUCAAAAGGAUCGUCGGUUAGUAACUGCCUUAUAUGAUUAUGAUGGAGUUGAGCCAGGUGACUUAUCAUUUAAAAAGGGUGAUCAAGUUGAAGUUGUGUUUGAUUUCCAACAAAUCGAUACAUUAUAUAAUGAAUCCAAUACCAAUUGGUUGAUUGGAUCUACAAUCUCCAAGACUAAUCAAAGAAUAGGGUUCAUUCCAAGUAAUUAUUUCUCUUAA